AGUCAAACUAAUACCUGUUGACUGCUAGCUGCCGUAAGGUCUGUGGGUUUUGUUUUGAAAUUUCUGUUUAGAGGUUAACAAGAUUUGGGUGACUGUAGCCCUUUAGUUAAAGUUGUCGUUAGACGUGUAGGUUUAAUCCAUUCCUUCCCAGUGAUUUCAGAAAAUCUACCAUUUCGUGCCUUCGAGGAUGUCGUCUAACUCACCUAUCGAUACGAAUUGCAUGACCCUGACUCGUUUUGUGCUUGCUGAACAGAGGCGUAUUCCAGGUGCAUCAGGAGAUUUAUCACAGUUGCUCAAUUCACUGCAGUCUGCCAUUAAAGCUGUUAGUUCUGCUGUUCGUAGAGCAGGAAUUGCUAAUCUGUAUGGUAUUGCUGGCCAAGUCAAUGUUCAAGGAGAAGAGGUGAAGAAGCUUGAUGUUCUUGCAAAUGAACUAUUCAUAAACUUAUUGAGAAGUUCAUUCACAACAUGCUUGCUAGUUUCAGAAGAAGAUGAAACUGUUAUUGAAGUUGAAACUGAAAAACAAGGCAAAUAUGUAGUCUGCUUUGAUCCAUUGGAUGGAUCUUCCAAUAUCGAUUGUCUCGUUUCCAUCGGAUCGAUCUUUUCAAUUUUCAAAAAAACUUCGGAUGGUGUUCCGUCAAUUAAGGAUGCACUGCAACCGGGGAGAAACUGUGUGGCUGCUGGAUACUCGUUGUAUGGCAGUGCCACGAUGAUGGUCUUAUCAACUGGUAACGGAGUUAAUGGAUUUCUUCUAGACCCCGCUAUUGGAGAAUUUGUGCUUACUGAUCCUAAUAUGCAAGUGAAACCUAGAGGAAAAAUCUACUCCAUUAAUGAGGGGUAUACAAACAAUUGGGAUAAAGCAAUUCAAGAAUAUGUUGCAUCAAAGAAAGAGGGUGCGAAGCCUUAUGGAGCUCGAUAUGUCGGAUCGAUGGUAGCUGAUGUCCACCGCACGCUCAAAUAUGGUGGAAUAUUCAUGUACCCUGCCACAACGGACGCCCCUCGCGGAAAACUCCGUUUGCUGUAUGAGAGCAUUCCAAUGGCCUUUAUCAUGGAGCAGGCAGGCGGCACAGCAUCUACGGGUACUGUUCCCAUCCUGGAUAUUCAGCCGGAAAAAAUUCACGAACGUUGUCCAGUUAUUCUGGGAUCGAAAGAGGAUGUUCAAGAUGUGCUUGACAUUAUCAAACGUCACGCUGAUCUUAAGUGAGAAUGCCGUUCACUUUCAGAUACUUCUAUCUCAAGCAGGACCAAAUGACGAGGCCUUUAACGUUUUGCACAAUUUAUUCACUGUUAAUUCCACCUCAAUCAAAAAUAUCUACGGAUUUUUCUUACUUAAAGCUUUUUAAUCAUUACUAGGAAUGUUGGGUUACAAUAGAUUUACUAGGAAAAACUA